AUGGGUGAAGAACGCCUCCAUGUAGCCUUGCUUCCAUGGCUCGCUUUCGGCCACAUGAUCCCUUUCCUCCACCUCGCCGUUGCCUUGGCAGCCGCCGGCCUCCGAGUCUCCUUCCUCUCUACCCCCCGAAACAACCGCCGCCUUCCCAAAAUACCCCCUCACCUAACGUCUCUCAUCACCUUCGUCGACCUCCCGUUGCCCCCCAUCGACGGCCUCCCUGACCAAGCCGAGGCCACCGUCGACAUCCCCGAGGACAAGGUCCCACUCCUGAAAAACGCCUGCGACCUCCUCCAAGAUCCCUUCAAGGAUUUCCUCGCCCAGAAAUCCCCCGACUUCCUCCUCCACGAUUUCUUUCACCACUGGGCCGUCGCCGCCGCGCACGACGUCGGCGUCCCGAGCGUCUUCUUCGUCGUCUUCUCCGCCACCGCCACCGCCUUUUCCGGUCCCCCGGAGGCGCUGAUGGAGGACGGCGGGAAGAAGAGCUGGCCGUCGCCGGAGAGCAUGACGUCGCCGCCCGAAUGGCUCCCCUCUGGAUCCACGGUGGCUUUCCGCCGCCGGGAGGCGGAGCUUCUCUACUUGUCGGCCUUCGCCAUGACUUCUAUGGGUUUGACCGACGUUGAUCGGAUGCGGCUGGCAGUGGAGGGGUGCGCCGCCCUCGCCGUCCGGAGCUGCCGCGAGUACGAGGGCGAGUACCUGGAUGUUGUCCGGAGGAUAUUCCGGAAGCCGGUCAUCCCCGUCGGCCUUCUCCCGCCGCCGCCUCCUCCGCCUACCGGCGGCGAUCGGGAUGAUAACUGGGGUCGGAUUUUCGGUUGGCUCGAUGACCAGCCACCGAAAUCGGUGGUUUUCGUGAGCUUCGGGAGCGAGUAUAAGUUGACCGAGAGCGAAGUCCAUGAACUUGCCUACGGGCUGGAGCUCUCCAACGUUCCUUUCUUGUGGGCCCUACGGAGGCCUUCUUGGGCCAGCGGAAGUGACGAGGAAGCCCUUCCUGAAGGGUUCCAAACCCGGACCGAGGGCCGGGGUGUUGUUAGCUUUGGUUGGGCUCCCCAGUUGGAGAUCUUGGCCCAUCCUUCCAUAGGGGGGUCUCUGUUUCACUCUGGAUGGGGAUCUAUAAUAGAGACUCUUGGCUACGGGCAUGCACUUGUAGUGAUGCCGAACAUAAUUGAUCAGGGUCUUAAUGCCAGGCUUCUGGUGGAGAAGGGCAUUGCAGUGGAGGUGGAGAGAGGGGAUGAUGAUUGCUUCCAUAGGAAUGAGAUUGCGAAGGCCUUGCAAAUGGCGAUGGUUUCCAGUGAAGGGGAGGGAUUGAGAAGGAAAGCAAGAGAGACGGCAACUGUUUUUGCUGAUCGAGAUCUUCAUGACAAGUAUAUCAAGGAAUUUGUUGACUACCUCCUCAAGACUCGAAACAAUCAAUCAAUUGAAGGCAAUUGA